AUGACCAUGACCACGUGCUAUUUCAAUGACUGCAACAAUGCGGCGCUCAGCGACAGCUCCAAGUGCGAGUUCCACAAGCACCGCCUCAAGUGCCUUAUCGAUGGCUGCCACAACCAAGUGUACGCGCGCCGUCUCUGUGUCCGCCACGGCGGCAAGAAGCUCUGCGCCUUCCCCGACUGCAACCGCAACGCGCGCCUCGGCAAAUUCUGUUCGCUUCACGGCGUCGUCACGCACAAGCGUCACUGCAAUGAAGACGGUUGCCUCAAGAUGGCCCACGCCCGGGGAAAGUGUGUUCGCCAUGGCGGCGGCCGUCGCUGCGCGCACCCCGAGUGUCCAUCGCACGCGCGCCACAAGGGCUACUGCAGCCGCCACGCGAUCCUUAUGAUGCCCCUGACGCCGCCGCACCAGCUCGAGGCCAAGAUGGACAUGACCAUCUCGCCGGCCGCGCGCUGGCCAGGCGGGAAUGGCUUCGUCGCGUUUCGGCUCGGAAGCACAAAGAAGCAAUGCACGUUUCCCGACUGCACUCGCCGCGCCCACGCUCGGCGCAUGUGUGUGCGCCACGGAGGCGGCCGCAAAUGCUCGGUCGAGGAGUGUACUAGCCACGCACGGUCGGGCGGCCUUUGUUGCCGCCACGGACGCGGUCGUCUCUCGCCACCCUCCAAGUGCAGCGUGGCGUGGGGCUCCCCCGAGGUUGGGACAUUUGAGAUUGCGAUGACGGAGCUUGACACUGCCAUCCUCAACAGCCUCGUGCAAGACGACGACGAUACCGACGACGAAUUCUCGCUCCUCGAUCCGACGUGGCUCUUUACAGAAACGAUCGAUAUGGAGCUGGUAGAUUUUGGGUUCUAA